GUCUGCAUCUCCCCUCCCUGUAAUCUUUGUCUUUUUCUCCCUUCCCUCACUCUCCACCUUCCCCCAUCCCGCCUCCACUAGGGGGGCUAGAGGGGGACAGCAGCGAUUCAUCCACAGCCCAUCCCCGAUCUGCAUACCCGGGAGUGUGGCUCUCAGUGCAGCCCUUGCUGGUAGGUGACCCUGGAGCUGGUACCUCUCCUCAUGGCUAAUAUGCUACCCCUGAUGCUGGGUCUCCGUGUGCUGCUGCUGGCAGGUUUGCAGUUUGCUGAGGGGGCCGCUGUCUCUGACGGAUCCUGCACCUUUGAAAAUAGUACAUGUGACUAUAAAUCUGCCUAUGCAUUUCUUCCAUGGAUUGUAAACUCUGAAGGUCAUUAUAUCUCAGUGGAUACGUUUCGAGGGUUACAUGGCCAAAAAGCUGUUCUUGUGAGUCCUGAUCUCCAAUUUGAUGAAUGGAGCUGCCUUCGACUGGUUUAUCAAAUGACUGGUUUGGAAUCCUCCCCCAAUCCAAGUAUGUUAAGUGUUUUUGUCAGGCCUGAUGGUGAGAGUUUUGAUUAUCUUCUAUGGUCAACCCGGGAACAGUCAGAUGGCUGGUUAAUAGCAAGCAUUGAUUUGAGAAAUUCAUCAAAAAAGUACAAGAUUAUAUUAGAAGGCAUACUUGGAGCAGAUGAAAAUAACAGUAUUGCAAUAUAUGAAUUAAAAAGGACCUCAGGGUAUUGCAUUGAGUGUGACUUUGAGGAAAACCAUCUCUGUGGUUACAUGAACAGCUGGAACCCAAAUGUAAACUGGUUUGUGGGAGGAGGCAACAUCAGAAAUUCCCAGGCUAUCAUGCCUAGCGACCACACUCUUCAGAGUGAAUUAGGGCACUACAUGUAUGUUGAUUCUGUCUAUGCCAAACAGUUCCAAGAAGUGGCUCAGUUAGUGUCCCCAAUGAUUGUUACCCCUAUAUCUGGCUGCCUUUCCUUUUAUUAUCGAAUUCAGCGUGAAAGCAGUAAUGUAUUUAUGGUUUACACAAGAGACUUGCACGGCUCAUAUGAGGAAAUCUGGAAAAUGAACAAUGUGAGGCAAGGUGAAUGGAAUCUGGCUGAGGUUGACCUAAAUGCUUUGUUCCCAGUAGAGGUUGUCUUUGAAGUUGCUUUCAAUGGGAUCCAAGCAGGAUAUGUUGCUGUGGAUGAUAUCUCAUUUUCAGCGGAAUACUGCAGUGGUGAAAGAGGGGAGAUAUUCAGUGCACAUGAAGCUGGGUGUGACUUUGAAAAUGGUCUGUGCAAGUUUCACCUGGAUGAUAAAGAUGCUUCUGGUUGGAGCAGGGUGAACGUGAAGCCAAAUAUCUACAGAACUGGAGACCACACGACAGGACUGGGUUAUUUCAUGCUAGCUAACACAAGAUUUACCUCCCAGUCAAGCUAUUUUGGACGCCUCUAUGGCCCUUCUUUGCCAGGAAAUAUGCAAUAUUGUCUGCGGUUUUUUUAUGCACUUUAUGGAUUUUCAAAAGUAAGCGACGCCCUGGCUGUUUACAUUUUUGAAGAGAACCACGUUGUUAAAGAAAAAGCUUGGUCUGUUCAUGAGUCACCCAAAGGAGUCUGGUUACAAGCAGAAAUCAAUAUAAAUAAACCUAUGCCAUGCAAGGUGGUUUUUGUGAGUUGGUGUAAAAGUUUUUGGGAUUGUGGUUUGGCAGCACUUGAUGAUGUUUCAGUGAGCAUUGGAAACUGCCAUGUAAUCGAUAGGAUGCCGCCGUUGCCUGGCAGAUGUACUUUUGAAAAAGAUGUUUGUGGAUUUCAACAAGAACACCAAAGAGGAGGAAUAUGGCACAGGAUACGUGGCACAACUUCUACAUCUUACACAGGACCAAGGGGAGAUCACACUUCUGGGGUAGGAUACUACAUGUACAUUGAAGCGACAAACAUGGUCUAUGGACAAAAAGCACUACUUAUCUCCAGACAACUUCGAGCCAUUUAUGGAAAGCAGUGUUUAACUUUUUUUUACCAUAUGUAUGGAGCCGGUAUUGGAUUGCUUAAUGUGUAUUUGAGGGAAGAAGGUGGUAAACGCCAUCAAACUCUUCUGUGGACCAGGAGAGGUGAACAGAGUAUUAGCUGGCUGAGAGCACAGAUAGAAUAUGAGAGUGACAAGCAACAUCAGAUUGUGUUUGAAGCUAUUCGUGGUGUAUCAAUAAGAAGUGAUGUUGCAAUUGAUGAUAUCACAUUUACGAAUGGACCUUGUAAAGGAGCUGGAUUCGAUACUGGGUCCUUUUGUUUGCCAUGUCUCAGCACUAAACUGCUGAGCCUCAACUGGAUAACGUAGCAGUUGAUACGCUUGAAUCUGGAUUUAUGCUAUGUUUAGAUUUUAAAACUGUGGUGAUGCCUUCUUAUCAAUUUAGCCAAUAUAAUCCAAAAGUUAAUUUCGUUGUAUUUAUCAUCUGUAAUUACUCAUGUAUUUAUUUGUAUGGUUAAAUCUGUAAACUGGUAUACAAAAACCUUUUUCUUGGUUAAAAACUAUACUGAUCACCUAUAAGCUAAUUUUUGUAUGUGGAUGUACACAUGCAAUCCUUAAUUAAUUGCUCCUGUUGAUUGGUUAACUGACCACUUAAAUACCUGAGUCAAUGGACACCCACAAACUCCUGCUAAAGAAACAGCUACCAUUUAAUAGCAGAGAAACGAGUCAAGGAUCAUCUACAUCACUGCCAUCACUGGAGCUGAAUACUUCAUCCUGGACCACACAAGUGGCAGGGAAGCCCACACACAGCCACGCUCUCCCUCCCCUUGGCCACUGUUCCCUGGGUGCUGUCAAUGCCUGUGCCUGACAACAGCAGGGAGCAUGGAUAACCUCUAGCCAUGGACUCAAGCACAGUAACAAGUGCAGAAGUACACAAUGAGAGGCACCGCUGAUAUCAAAGUAACAUUGGAGAUAUGGGGGUGAUUCAGAGUCUGCCCUCUUCUCAGGCUCUACCCCCCUCCCCCAUCCCGCACAGGUGUGAAAGCAUCGCAAGGCGUGAUGCUUUUGCACCCGCCGAGUAGCUCCCUGCCUGCACAAUAGGAACGUGAGUCCGGAACACUAUUGUUAACUGUAUUAAGGAGAGGUUUAGCUCCAUAGUGGGUGUGAUUGUAACCAAAUUUUCAUUCAUUUUUUAAUUCUUUGUUUACUGUGUGUAAUAUAUGGAUACAGUUUAUAUUAUUAAAGAUUUAUAUGUAUAAUUGUAUUCUGCACUCUCAUGUUUUAUAAUAUUGUUCACACCUUUAAUCAGUUUAGCUGCUGCACCUGCACUUAAUCCCUCACACUAUUUUCACCAUUUUAUGUGUGGUGCUAGGGCCACAAAUAAUAUUUUUCAUUGAGGCAUUUUUUCUCAAACAUUGCUUACAUUUGCUCUAUUGGUAAUAACUUCCAACAAAAAUAGAGGACCUGAUUUUCCACCCUGUCUUUAUUUGUGAAAGAACUGCCCCCAAAACCCACACUAGAAGCUUCCAUUUGGACUAAACUUUUGGCUGAAGUUGGGUGCUUGGAGCACUAGGUUGAGAAGAGGGCAGACCGAAGGUCUAUCUAGACGGCCUCUGAAGAAUCCAUCCAAAACAACUGAUCCUGACAGGACUACUUCAACAAUUCCAUAAAGACUGUAGCUCUAGUUGUAAAGUGUUCUAUGAAUCACCAGUAUUACCCUUCUAGACCCAAGAAGGUUUGGAACUGCAAUUUUCACUAGGGUUUUGGUUAGUUUUUAACUGCUUCCAUUUUGUCCAGCUUUACUCAACCCUGCCCUACUAUGUACCUCAAGUAUUUGGCUUCCCUCACAGGUAUGGUACAUUGGGUUCACAGUUAACUCAUUCGAUCUCAGAGAGGCCAAAACUGUGUCACCCUUAGACAAAUGAGAUUCCUAGUCUGAAAAAUAGAUUACAAUGUCAUAGACCAAAAUGGGGUCUCUUCAUCAGUUUACAGCAACUUGGAACAUGGCAGGAGCUCCAUGCAACUCAAAAAAAAACAGAAAUGUAUAAUAGAAAAGCUUCAGGAGUGAAAAAAUGCUGUCUUCAGCUUGGCCGAGGGAGUCAAGAGAAAUUGCCAAUACCCUUGUGUGAGGUCAAGGGUACUUAAAAAGCUAAUCACUACUAAAUUUUCCACCAACUCUUCUACCCUCAGAAUAGGAAAAGCAUCAAACUGAAAUAUGAUAUUCAGUUUCCUAAUGUCACUGCAGAAGCAGAUUGUGCCAUUGGAUUUGGAAAUUAACAUAAUAGGACUGUUCCACUCUCUGUUGGAUUAUUCAGUAACAGAUAGACCAUUUUCUUUAUUUCUUAAUCGCAGCUCAUCUGGCCUUUUGAAUGCAGUACGACCUCUACUUAAGCACCACACCUGGUAGAGUGACCGUGUUAUACUUAAGUUAGUCCAGCCCAGGAUGUCAGAGAACACAUCUCUGUUCCGGUAUACCAUUUCUUUUGCUUGCUGUAUCAGCAUCAACAUUCUGUUCACUGAUCCAGCUGCUCUUCCCAGACUCUGCACUCACGUUUUCCUACUGGCUGUUGAAAUGCAACAACUGGACGCAGCAGAAGAGGCACACAUCGGCUAUUACAUUCAAGUUUCCAUUUAAGGCCAUCUAACCUAACACUAAUUGUUAGGUGAUUAGUCUUUCUACAGAAACUAGCAUCUUAACUUAUUUUCCAGUCAGUAGCACUUCUGCCUUGCCCUGUGGUUUGGCUACCUUUGUUGUCAGACCUUAGAACCACACUUUGACCAACCUCUGCCUUUGUCCUGCACUUCCAAUACCUUAGUUGCCAGACCAGGAACUAGACAUUGACUCGCCUUUGUCUUUACCCAACACUUUGGAUACCUUGUUGCUAGACAUGGUGCUGGAAUUGAGCUGUUUCUGCCGUUGCCUCACACGUCUGAAUAUAUUGCCACAUGGAUUACGCAAGGUUUAUCAUCUGUCCCACACUGCUAUGUAAAUAUGCUGUUUAGGAUUACUCAUCCAUCCUUCAGUAAUGGAGCGAUAAUAUGCAAACCUUAUGUCAGUUCUCCCCUUGUGCACCAGCAUGCGACAGACAGUACAGGUGCUGAAAUGCCUACUUUUAGUAUCCAAGGAUGCAGUAUGGGCCAAAAUACCAUAUUAAUGUAGAGCUUGGCCAGAAUGGUUCAUGUUGACAGUAAAUUGAUAAUCUGAUUAAACAUGUGUUACAGCAGUGGUACUCAGAAGAGUGUAAUUUGACUGAUUUUAUCUGAACAUAAUCUCUAAUUAUGAAAAAAAUUACUUCAUGGCACAGGAGGAAAAAGUAAUAUGGAACAAAAAGUAGUGUAAAGGAUAUAUGUAUGCAAGAUAAAGCUACAGUAGAUACAAUUUAUUCAAUUGCUUUAAAUAAAAAAAACAUUUAUAAUUACUACAAUAACUAUACAACAUCCUG